CGCAUCAGAGUCAAUCGUAUGAUAAUCACGGUGCAUUUGAAGAGAUUUAACGCACCGCGAGCUCCUCGACAACUCCCAUCAUAAAACAUAACUUCGCCUCAAAACUCGCAGUUCGGAAAAAAAAAUAAGUUGGAACUUAAUCUCGCUUUAUCAAGAUGGGGUCUUGUAUGAGCAUGAUUUGCCAGUGUCAUCUCUGUAGGUGUUGUGAAUGCGGUCCCCCAUGUUACUGUUGUCGAUGCUGCAAACACUGGUUCGGAGAUUGGUGGAUGUGCAGUGACUGCUGUGAUGAUUUCUCUGAUGAAGAGUAUUACCCAGUUAAUCCAACGAAAAACGAUAAAGAAGCGCCACCGGAUGACGGAGAAGGGAUGUAUAAAUAUCCGAACGGGGACGUGUACGUCGGCGAAUGGAGACGGGGCAAGCGACAUGGCUAUGGAGAACUUGUAAAGAAAGACGGAACGCAGGUUGUUGGCUUCUUCUACGAUGAUGAAUAUGUGGGAGAGAAACCGGACGAGAGACUGAGAAGGAGUCCUGUGACGUCAAGACCCUUCAGCAAGAUGCAAGUGAACGAGGAGGGCGAUGCUUCUGGAGCAAGAAAAGAGGAUCAAGAGGCGAUUGAACAGGCCUGGAAAGAAGAGAAACAAAAGAUUAACUCAGAUUCGAAUGGAGCACAAUCCUACUCAACCAUAAACAACGGCAAGGAGUAACAAACUUACAACCCCUCACUCUUAGAUUCAUUUCUACACGCAAUUAACAGACUUCAUAUAAAAAUAUCGUAAUAUUUGCAUUUAUUUUGUGUCUUUUCGUUGGAUGCUCGAUUCUAAGUAGCUAGUGUAGUGUUAAAUAAAUGUCAGGAGACACGGAGUAUUAGAUCAAGUACUGUGUGAUAUUGUGGGGCAGGCCCCUAAGCCUUCGAACGAUUCAAAUCCAAUGAAAUUGCAGAGGACAAAAUCACAACUAUAAGGAUGUGAACAAUUAAUUGAAACAUGGCAGGCACGAAAACUUGAUGCUGAGUAGAUAGAUUUUGCGCCCAGUAGAAGGUGAGAUUUCAGUUCUUUCCUGUGGGUUUGACUUUGGAAAAAUUUAAUAAUUGUGAGGGAAAAACAAGUAAACUUUAUUCUUUGCUUCUGUCACAAAUUUGUAGAUCUUUCUCGGAAGGUCGAGUAUGAUUAAAACUGAGUUGUAGCAUUUUUCAAGAAAAUGGACUACUUUCAGACGUGACGAGCCUAAUUUUUCUCUCGUGUAUACAGGGCACUGGUCAAUAUUUACGAUUUUCAGUCUAGGACGAGGCCAAGAAAGUUUACUUGCACGAAAACGUUUGAGUACGUGAUAAAAGUGUACGAGUCCUUUAUGUUUCUAGGCGACCUCUUGCACGCGCAGGAUGCACAUCGAAGUUUUUCGCCGGUGUUAAAAACAAAUGAUCAUCCAGCGAAUGAUAAAAGUUUCCUGGGUUUUUGAAACAGGAUACUUAAUUUUAUCUACGCCACAUGAGAAAUUUCCUCGUCUUUGAGAAUUCGAUGUAGGAAAUAGUUUAUAUAAAUUCAAAGUAAAGUAAAUUAAAUUAACUAGGGUGUAAGUCAAAUUCUUCAGCACCGUUCCUUUCACGGUUAUGUAAACGUAGGUGAACGUAAAUAAAGCUAUUUUUUAGA